AAAAAUCCCAAAUCAAAUCAUCGUGGGUGCGUAGUCGUGCUAACCCUUGGAUGCGAUGCCACCUGGCGGUUCCAUCUCCGGCGCCCGCACCACCGUUCGGAUCGUCGUCGUCGGCGACCCAGGCUCCGGAAAGACCAGCCUCAUAGCAGCAGCGGCUGCCGAGAGCUUCCGACGGGAUGUCCCUCCGGUUCUCCCUCCCACUCGUCUUCCCGCUGACUAUUAUCCAGAUAAUGUUCCCGUCAUAAUAAUCGACACCUCGUCCAGUUUGGAGAAUAGAGGGCGGCUUGCUGAAGAGCUGAAGCGUGCUGAUGCGGUGGUCUUGACAUAUGCAUGUGAUCAGCCUUCGAUGCUUAAUCGCCUCCGCUCAUUCUGGCUUCACGAGCUUCGUCGAUUGGAGAUCAAGGCUCCAGUGAUUGUAUCUGGCUGCAAGCUAGAUCGGCGAAAGGAGGAGUACAAUUUGAGUGUUGAAAUGAUGCCGCUCAUGCAGCAGUUUCGGGAGAUUGAGACUUGCUUAGAAUGUUCUGCAGCUAACAUGCUUCAGAUCCAAGAAGUAUUUUAUUUUUCUCAAAAGGCAGUCCUUCAUCCAACAGCUCCUUUGUUUGAUCAAGAAAACCAAACUUUGAAACCUCGGUGUGUCAGAGCACUGAAGAGGAUAUUUAUUCUUUGUGACCGUGAUAUGGAUGGUGCCCUCAGUGAUGAUGAGCUCAAUGAAUUUCAGGUGAAGUGUUUCAAUGCUCCUUUGCAACCUGCUGAAAUCGUGGAUGUUAAGAGUGUGGUACAAGAAAAGUUGCCAGAAGGAAUCAAUAACCGUGGUCUUACAUUAACGGGCUUUAUAUUUCUCCAUGCUCUUUUCAUAGAGAAGGGCCGAAUUGAGGCUGCAUGGACUGUUUUGAGAAAUUUUGGCUACAAUGAUGACCUGACCCUUAGGGAUGAUUAUUUGUCAAUUCCCAGCAAAAAGGCUCCGGAUCAGAGUGUUGAGUUGACAAGUGAAGCCGUAGAGUUCUUAAAGGGGAUAUUCAGCACCUUUGAUGAUGACAAGGAUGGUGUUCUUCGUGAAAGUGAGCUUGAAGAUCUAUUUUCAACUACACCAAUAAGUCCCUGGGGGGAAGCUCCUUAUAAAGAUGCAGUUGAAAGAACUCCAUCACGUGGAUUAUCUGUUUCUGGAUUUCUAUCAGAGUGGGCUCUCAUGACAUUACUGGAUCCAGCUCAAAGUAUUGCUAAUUUAAUAUACAUUGGUCAUCACUGCAAUGCUGCAUCUGCCCUUCACGUAACUAGGCGAAGAUCUGUUGACAGGAAGAAGCAACAGACAGAAAGAAAUGUUUUUCAGUGCUUUGUUUUUGGGCCUAAAGGUGCUGGAAAGUCUGCAUUGCUGGCAUCAUUUUUGGGAAGGCCAUUUUCUGAAAACUACAUCACAACAACCACUGAGCAAUUUGCGGUGAAUGUUGUUAGCCAGCAUAUGGGUGUUAAGAAAACUCUUAUACUGAGAGAGAUUCCAGAAGAUGGAGUUAAGAAAUUACUAUCUAAUAAGGAAUCUUUGGCUGCUUGUGAUGUAGCUGUUUUUGUUUAUGACAGCUCAAGUGAAUCUUCUCUUAAUGGAGCAAUUGAGUUGCUGGCAUAUGUGGCUAGAAGAGGGGAAGAAACUGGUUAUGUGAUGCCUAGCCUCCUCAUUGCAGCAAAAAAUGAUACUGGUUCAAGUCCCACAAUAAACAAAGAUUCAGCAAAGGUUUGCCUGGAUAUGGGUAUCGAUGUGCCUAUUCCUGUAAGUGUUAAAGAUAGAGAUGAGAAUCAUGUGUUCUCCAGAAUUGUAAAAGCAGCACAGAACCCUCACCUGCAUGUUCCCGAAACUGAUUUUGGCCGUAGUCAGAAGCGAUAUCGGCAGCUUGUUAAUAGUGCUCUUAUGUGUCUCUCAGUUGGAGCUGCUGCUACUUUCGUUAGCGUGGCAGCAUAUCGAAUCUAUGUUGCAAGGAAGAACAACUCCAGUUAGUUUGGUAGUCCUCUAGAGAAUUAAACUGGUAACAUCAAAUUUAUUUCAAUAACUCAUGUUGAUGUGAUUUUAUCUUUCACCUAUUAAAUAAUAUUUGUUGUACAUAUAUACUGUCUUCUAUUUGCCACCAAAGUGGUCCAGAAGUUUUUGUUUCUAUAAGUAUUGUCUCUUUGUGAAUGCAUACAUUAGAUGAACUGCUACAUUUCCAGUAUCCUAUGUUUGAAUAAACUUGCUACUGUUGAUUCACAA